AUGAGUUUAGAGAAAGGACACUGUGUAGAUCAUCAACCUGUUUCAAGUGUAGCCGAUGGUGGUCCCAUCACGUUCUUGUCUCCAGGCACUGAAGAUUACGUGGACCUCGCCAAAACGAUCCUUGUGGUGAGAGCCAAAGUGACGAAAGCUGAUGGCACGAAUCUUGACGCAGACGAAAAGGUCGGAGUGGUGAACAAUUUCCUGUACAGCCUGUUCAAACAAGUCGAUGUCUUUCUGAAAGAAAAGCAAGUCACUCAGGUUAUUGGAACCUAUGCGUACCGUGCUUAUAUGGAAACCCUCUUGAAUUAUGGUCCCUCCGCGAAAGAUUCACAGCUCACUGCUGCUUUGUAUUACAAAGACACUGCAGGAAAAAUGGAUGUCGCAGAUCCUACGGUGGCAGGUGGUAAUGGCAACGCUGGUCUCAGAGCAAGAUACGUUUUCAGCAAGGAAAGUGGAAUUGUUGAAAUGACUGGACCUGUAUUCAGCGACAUAUUUAUGUCCGAACGUCUCCUGUUGAGUUACGUACAUCUGAAAGUUAUUUUGAAUCGAAGCAGCGACAAAUUUUGUUUGAUGGCCUCCGAGAACGAUGCCGAUUUCCGCGUGAAACUCCCCGAUGCUUAUCUCAAGAUACGUAAAGUGAAAGUUAACCCAAGCGUUUCCGUGGCUCAUGAAAUAGCUCUGAAAAAGGGACCUGCCAUCUAUCCUAUUCGCCGUGUUGAAUGCAAAAGUUUUAUUGUCCCCGCAGGAAACCCUUCCCUGAAAAAAGACAACCUUUUCAAUGGGCUUGUGCCAAAAACAUUUGUCUUUGGUAUGAUCGAAAGCGACGCAUUCAGUGGUGCCUUAAAAAAGAACCCGUACAACUUCCAACAUUUCAGCGUGUCCUCCAUUGGAAUAACCCGCGAACGGAGAAGAAAUGCCAUUUAA